GCUGAUUGGGCGCCCGGCCGCACUGUGACCGCCCUGCCGCUAUGUCAGCCUGCCCGCCGCAGCCCCGCGCCUUUGAACUGCCCCGCACCGCCCCGCGUCCCCACCGCCGGCCCGGUGCUGCGCCCGGCGGCUCCCCGCCCGCCUAGUGCCCGCCGGGCCCCGCGGGCCUCCGCUGCGCGCCCCGCUCCGCGCCCCGCCCCGGCACGGCUCCCGCCGGGGACGGCCUUGGCGGAGGACCUGUGAUGAUCAGCUGAGCCCGCUCCUGCCGCUCCUCCGGCUCCUCCGGCCUUCUCCCGCCGUUCCUCCUCCUCCUCCUCUUGCUCGUGGUGCCGCCGCCGUCCGGCGCCCGCAGCCGCCGCGCCCCGCAGAGCCGCCCGCAGAGCCGCCCGCAGAGCCGCCCGGCCGAAGCAUGUCCAAGCCCAGCGACCACAUCAAGCGCCCCAUGAACGCCUUCAUGGUGUGGUCCCGCGGCCAACGGCGCAAGAUGGCCCAGGAGAACCCCAAAAUGCACAACUCGGAGAUUAGCAAGCGGCUGGGCGCGGAGUGGAAGUUGCUCUCCGAGGCGGAGAAGCGCCCGUACAUCGACGAGGCCAAGCGGCUGCGAGCGCAGCACAUGAAGGAGCAUCCCGACUACAAGUACCGGCCCCGGCGCAAGCCCAAGAACCUGCUGAAAAAGGACAGCCAGUUCAGCUCCAGCGCCAUUCAGAAGAUGACUGAGGUUCCUCACACCUUAGCCACCAGCACCCUGCCCUACGCCUCCACCUUGGGAUACCAGAACGGGGCGUUCGGCAGCUUGAGCUGCCCCAGCCAACACACCCACACUCACCCCUCGCCAACUAACCCGGGCUAUGUCGUGCCAUGUAACUGUACCGCUUGGUCGGCCUCCAGUUUGCAACCUCCAGUUGCCUACAUAUUAUUCCCAGGCAUGACCAAGACUGGGAUAGACCCCUAUUCUUCAGCACACGCGACUGCCAUGUAACACCCACCCACCGACCCACGGGCACCCCCGCAGGCGCGUGUGUGUUUGCGUGCGUGUGCCCCCCGCCCCGGCCGGCAGCUGGAACUGGGAUUCCUCCGUGCGUGCAUGUACAUAAAAGCUGCAGGAGCAAAAAAAAAAAAGGCCGCCCGAACCAGGACUCUGCCGCCCGCCGCCGGGCCGGGACAGACGCGGACGCUGCCUCGGAGAUGCUCUCGCCUAAAAAAAAAAGCUCGCCACGAGAGCUCGGGGGGGAUCUGCGAUCGCGGGGGCAGAUAGGAGCCCGGCGCUUGUAAGAGUUGUAAAUGUGUUUAAAAGACAGAAAAGCAAAGCGAACCUUGAACUGCCCUUUCGGGACAAAGCGGGGAGGAAAAGAGAAAAAGACAAAAAAAAAAAAAAAAAGAGAGAGAGAGAAGCGGUUUCGAUUUUUAUUUAUUCUCUUAAUGUCUAUGAGUUCUUCAGGGUCUCAUGUCACUUGGACUUGACUUUGGGAAGUCCCGGUCUUACUCUGAUUUUAUUUUUUUUUUCUCGUUGUUUUUCCUUUUGCACAUUGAAAAACGAGAUCAGCUGUGUUAUAUAUAUAUAAAUAUACAUAUAUUUUGCCACCACGUACUACUAGGUAAAAUUGCUUUUCAUGUCAGAAAAAAAAAAGGCUCUUCAAAGUUAAAAAAGAAAAAAAAAAGAAAAAAAAGACGGGGAGAAACAUUUAUAUUUAAAACCUAUGAUAGUGUUUGCUUAAUUUAAAACAGAUAGUCCUUAAAUUUGUGUGAUCCAGUGAGACUAGAUCUAAGUUUACUUUAGACAGAGCGUCAGGUAUGAAGUCAGGCAGUAGAAUUGUAAAAAAAUUAAUACUACUACUACUACUAAUAACGAAAAACCGAAUAAAAAACCGAUGGCAAUUCAAAUAUGUUUUCACAAUGUCUUGGGCGAGAAGAAACAGAAACUAAGAUGUAUCCGGCAGGAUUUUACCUCGUUAAACCUUUUCAUUUGUUGAACAAAGACGUUUUGAAUAAAGACAAUCUGUCAUCAAACAGAGGCAAGCGCGUGCUGUGAGUGCGGGGACGCAGCCCCGCGUCGCACACCGGGGACGGGAGAGACCCCCGCCCGCAGCCCCCGGC